GCCAUGUUGUUCCAUGUGCUUACUGACGCCCGCACGUGAGUCAGCAGAUUCACCAUUGGCUCCACGUCACUUCCUCAUUCAACAUGGCGGCCAAAACGUUCCAAUUUGGACGGAUUGUUCUCCAGCCUUCAGUGGUGUUUUUCCACUCCAAAUUAUCAUUUGCUUUUGUGAACAGAAAGCCAGUCCUCCCUGGACAUGUUCUUGUGUCUCCUAUUCGCGUUGUAAAGAGAUUUUGUGACUUAACAGAGGAAGAAGUCAUGGACUUGUUCGUUAGCACGCAGAAAAUUGCUCGUGUUAUUGAGAAAGAGUAUGGGGCGACCUCACUCUCGAUAGCGAUCCAAGAUGGACCCGAAGCAGGACAAACAGUGGAACAUGUCCAUGUACACUUGUUACCAAGGAAGAAAGGAGAUUUUGAAAGCAAUGACGAUGUUUACAAAGCGCUCGAUGAACAUGACAAACAACAAAUUGAGUCAAAGGGGGUUGAAUUUAGGAAUGAAGAUGAUAUGUCUAAAGAGGCAACAAAUUUAGCCUGUCUUUUUUCUACAGGGCUAUGACCAAGUGUUAAUUUAAAUGAUAAGAAAUGAGUGCCUUCACGAUUAGGCCAGGAACUUGUGUAGUCAAGACGAUUCGCAAACUUUCUCUGGUCCAGCUGUUCUGCCUAUACGCUUAGCGUGUUUUUGUCAUUAGCUACUACUGUUUCGAACUCAAUCUAUGAUUUCUACGAGUGGAUGGUCUACAGCUACUAUUUGAGAAAUGGAAUUAAAUGUGUUGGAUUUGAGCCUCGAGUAUUCAUUUCAUAACGAUAGGACUGUUGAUCUGUUUCCUUUAACCCCCUCGAUUGCCUGUCAGUUCAUACAUUAAGUACGACCAGUGUAUUGGCAAGUCAGUCAGUCAACCCAUAGGCAAGCCAGCCAAUAAGCUGGAUUGGUAAGGUAGUCCUGUAAAUGAAAUAUUGUUUUAACUUUUACAGUUUAAACUCCAUUUGAUUGCCUAUGCCCAACUUUCAACAAUAGUUUAUAAAGUGAAUAAAACCCUCCUCUUUUGAAAAAAGUCAGUUUGCCAGGGGUAAAGAGUAGUAACUGUCUGUGUGGGGAAAAGAAGCGUAACAAUGUACACAAAGAGUCGUUGCUCAUCCUAAGUAAGCUGUGAGA